CGGGGCGGGCAGCCGGGCAGUUUGGCUUCUUGCUGCCCCAUUAGGCUCCUUUUCUUCUUCUCCCCUUCCCCCUCCUCCUCAGCAGUGUGUUCAAAUCCCUCAGACAGCUACUGGGCACCGCCGAAGGGACCAGCCCAGGAGUGGGACAAUAAAAUCCCUGACACCACUGUUCAAGAGGCCUCGGGGGGGGGAAGGCCAGGCCAGCUGCACGGGUAUAAAGCUGUCCCACGGUCCCGGCACAGCACUGCAGCACAGUUGUUUGCCAGGCUCCUCCAGCGCACUCCAAUGGAUAUCACCAUUCAUAACCCCCUGAUCCGCAGACCCUUCUUGUCUUGGUUGGCACCGAGUCGUAUCUUUGACCAGAUUUUUGGAGAGCACCUGCAGGAGUCAGAGCUGCUCCCUGCUUCCCCCAGCCUCAGCCCCUUCCUGAUGAGAUCCCCCAUUCUUCGGAUGCCCAGUUGGCUAGAGACAGGACUCUCUGAGAUGCGACUGGAGAAGGACAAAUUUUCUGUAAAUCUUGAUGUGAAGCAUUUCUCCCCUGAGGAGCUAAAAGUGAAGGUGCUUGGGGACAUGAUAGAAAUUCACGGGAAGCAUGAGGAGCGCCAGGAUGAGCAUGGCUUUAUCGCCAGGGAGUUCAACAGGAAAUACAGGAUUCCAGAUGAUGUGGACCCUCUGACCAUCACCUCAUCACUCUCUCUGGAUGGUGUCCUGACUGUGAGCGCACCAAGGAAACAAAGUGAUGUCCCUGAGCGCUCUAUCCCUAUCACCCGUGAAGAGAAACCUGCCAUUGCAGGAGCCCAAAGGAAGUAGCUGCUAUUUAAAGUCACCCCGGGGGCUAUUCAAGAGCACUUUUCAUCAGAUGCCAGCUAUACUGAAUGGCUACUCUUAUUAUUUAUGCUGAGUAAGUUUACUAACAAAUAAAAAAUGAAUAAGCA